GUCUCCUCUCCGCGCUCUCUGUUUACCGUCGGCUGCAUUUGAUCUACGGCGCAGGCGUAGUCAGAGAUUAGGACUCCAACCACCGCCUGCUCCGCUACCGCAACGAACUAAGUAACGAUCUUGAACGAGAAGAUAGUUUAAGGCUCAGAAAGAGAUCGGGGGAAAAGGUAAGAUGAGCAACAAGAGAGGUCGAGCCUGUGUGGUUGUGUUGGGUGAUAUUGGCCGCAGUCCUAGAAUGCAAUAUCAUGCCCUUUCUCUUGCUAACCAGGCAAAUCUUGAAGUUGACAUUGUUGGAUAUGGAGGAUCUGUGCCACAUGCUGCAGUAGUGGAGCACAAGUCUAUCCAUGUCCACAACAUGAAACCUAUACUUCUUCAGGGCCUGCCAAAGGUCCUUAAACCUUUGGUUCUUCUACUAAAGCCAUUGAUUCAGUUUCUUAUGUUGCUUUGGUAUCUCUGCAUCAAAAUUGUAAGACCUGAUGUUUUCCUGGUUCAGAAUCCACCAUCCGUACCAACCUUGAUGGCAGUGAAAUGGGCAAGCUGGUUUCGGAAUUCUUCAUUCAUAAUUGACUGGCACAACUUUGGAUACACCUUGAUGGCUCUCUCUGUGGGAAGAAAUAGUCGAUUUGUUGCAGUAUAUCAUUGGUUUGAACAGCAUUUUGGUAAGAUGGCUAAUGGUUCCCUGUGUGUAACAAAGGCAAUGCAACAUGAAUUAGCUCAGAACUGGGGAAUUAAUGCCACAGUUCUAUAUGAUAAGCCUCCAGAAUUUUUUCAUCCUACUCCAAUCGAAGAAAAACACAAGUUGUUUUGCAGGCUAGGUAAAAGUAUCACUCAGCUUCCUAGCAUCCGAGAUUGUGUUAGCUUUGAAAGUUUAGCAUUAGAAGACCAAGGUGUAAAGGAAACUCUAUUUACCACGAUGACUGAUGGUCAUGUUUUUCUUAAACCAUAUCGACCGGCACUUGUUGUUAGCAGUACAAGCUGGACACCUGAUGAAGAUUUUGGCAUUCUGUUGGAAGCUGCUGUUAUGUAUGAUAGACGAGUUACUGCAAUCUUGAAUGAAGAUGAUGGUCUUGAUGAAGAGGUUCUUUGGAAAGAGAUGGCUCAAGGAAAGAAGACUUUGUACCCUAGGCUACUGUUUGUUAUUACAGGUAAAGGGCCGGAGAAGGAACAGUAUGAAGAGAAGAUAAAGCGCUUGCGGCUGAAGCAUGUUGCAUUUCGUACAAUGUGGUUGUCAGCUGAGGACUAUCCUCUGCUUCUAGGUUCUGCUGAUCUUGGUGUGUGCUUGCACACUUCAUCUUCGGGAUUGGAUCUUCCAAUGAAGGUUGUAGAUAUGUUUGGUUGUGGGCUGCCUGUGUGUGCCGCUGCCUACUCUUGCAUCCACGAAUUGGUGGAAGUUGGCAAAAAUGGACUCCUCUUUUCAUCAUCUUCUGAGCUAGCAGAUCAACUUCUGAUGUUGUUUGAGGGAUUUCCUGACAAAUGCAAUACAUUGGCUUCGCUGAGAAAUGGGGCAUCAGAAGCAGGGGACUCAAGGUGGAUUUCUGAAUGGGAGGAACAUGCAAAGCCAUUAAUACAUCAGGCUAUUUCUGCAAACACGAAGUAAUUUCCAUUUGAAUACUGUUAUCUUGGGCACUAGGGUGUUGAUGGGCACUUACGGAUCGAUCAAAUACAAACUGGAUGAGAAUACAACUAUCAAAUUGUUUUACAGGUGAUUGUGGUCUUAAACUUUGAAAUUUAGGGUGGAUGGAGCUCUUCAUCCCCAAUGUCAUUGCACCAAUCUUUGGAAUUUACAGGCAAGAUUGUACUUGGUAGGUUCAGAACCUUGUAACUUUGAUAAUCCGAGUCAAAUUGCUAGUAGCCACAAGUCGAAUAACUUGAGCCCCUAGCGGGAGGGUAUCGUACUGCUACUGCUGUUUGCCAUUGAUGGUUUGGUUUUGGUGCUUCCACUACAUUCUUCCUGAGAACAUCAAAAGGAAGGUGUAAAUGCCACAACAACAACAACAACAACAGAGUGGGUAAUGGUAGUUACCAUUACUGGGGAAGCUUUCUAUUGUCAUUCUUUAACGUUUGGAAGCUAAAAAAGGAAACCUGUUGUCCUUGGAUUAGAUGGCAAGGGAUGGUGGCCUACAACGCCCGCCAGUCACGGCGCAACCACCCCCCUUUUACUUAUUGACCACCUCCUCCUUCAUUUAUUUUUCAGAUCCAUGAUUUCAACUGUUAGGUAAAGGGUAAAGCAAAUUGGAAGAAUGGAUUGGGGAGGGGUUCUAUCAUAUCAUUUGAUUCUGUCUCUUUCCUUUUUCCAUGUACUCUCG